CUCAAACACCAUGGGGCAGGCAAACUCGUCCUCCAAGAAGCUCGGCCGCACCAGCUCCAAGCAGCUCUCCCCCAACGACCUCGCAGACUCCCUCUCCCGCACCGCCAUCGCCGACACCGACACCCGCAACAUCCCAAAGCGCUCAAAGGCCCCAGGCCAUGAGCCCCGCCAGUCCUCCUCCUCCAGCUAUGGCUCAACCCGCCCCGCCCUCAACACCCAGGGCUCCUACGACAAUGCCCCCUCCAUCCGCUCAACAACCUCCGCGGGCCCGUCCUCCCCGUCCUCCCCGAGCAACAUCCCUACCACAAAGACCAUCGUUGCUGCCCCCGAGAAGGCAGGCAGAAAGUCCUCUCUCAUCCCAGGGGGUGGCUCCCCACCGCCGCCAUCCGCCAUGUCAAUCUCCCCAUCAUCCGGCCGGUCGGCCUCCCCGCCACCCCUCGGUAGCUCCCCUGCUACCCCGGGGAAUAGUCAUAUCUCCCGCGAUAGCGCCAACUCUCUGCUUGCUCCCAAUGGAGCAGCAUUGACUCAGAGCAUCUCGCGCUCGUCUGUUGGGCCUGGCGGCGGAGUUCAGGUGUUGGACGUGGACAACAUGAUCCAGCGGCUGCUUGAAGCCGGUUAUAGCGGCAAGGUGACAAAGAGCCCGCCCUUGAAGAAUGCGGAGAUCAUGAGUGUAUGUGCAGCAGCGAGAGAAGUCUUCCUGAGCCAGCCAACUCUCAUUGAGCUGAGUCCGCCUGUCAAAAUUGUUGGUGAUGUCCAUGGUCAGUAUGCCGACCUGCUUCGUAUGUUUGAAAUGUGUGGCUUCCCUCCGGCGGCCAACUAUCUCUUCCUGGGCGAUUACGUCGAUCGAGGCAAGCAGUCUCUCGAGACAAUCCUCCUGUUGCUGUGCUACAAGAUCAAGUACCCCGAGAACUUUUUCUUGCUGAGAGGCAACCACGAGUGCGCAAACGUCACCAGAGUCUAUGGAUUCUACGACGAGUGCAAGCGCCGGACAAAUAUCAAGAUCUGGAAGACCUUUAUCGACGUCUUCAACACCCUCCCCAUCGCUUCUAUUGUUGCUUCCAAGAUCUUUUGUGUGCACGGCGGGCUGAGUCCAAGUUUGAAGAGUAUGGACGAUAUCAGGCGGAUUCAGAGGCCGACUGAUGUGCCGGACUAUGGACUGUUGAAUGAUUUGGUGUGGUCGGAUCCGUCAGACACUGCUUUGGAUUGGGAAGAUAAUGAGCGGGGCGUGUCAUUCUGUUACGGCAAGAGUGUCAUCAACGCGUUCCUUGCCACUCACGUGAGUAUUCGCAUUACGUUGAAGAAAGUUGCUGAUAGUGUGCAAGGAUAUGGACCUCAUCUGCCGGGCACACAUGGUUGUCGAAGAUGGCUACGAGUUUUACAAUGACCGGACUCUUGUCACCGUCUUUUCCGCUCCCAACUACUGUGGAGAGUUCGACAACUUUGGAGCCGUCAUGUCUGUAUCGGAAGACUUGCUCUGUUCGUUCGAGCUGCUCAAACCGUUGGACGGGGCUGCGUUGAAGAAGGAGAUGACGAGGUCGAAACGAAAGUCUCUACAAAACCACCAAUCUCCGCCCAACAAUCCCAUGGCACAAAGCUUCUAGUCCCCUCGUCUCAAACUCUCGGAAAAGCACAUGUUUGUACGAAUAUCACCACUUUACCCAGCCCUCGUCGACCCUCUAUUCCUUACUGCCUGCAACCAUCACCAACAUCAUACCUAUUAUAGUCGCAGGGGGAAGGGACGCAAGAUGAACCAAAAACGAUCAUGACGUGCCAAGAAACAACAGAAAUAAAUCGAGAUGAUGAAAGAACGAGAGGUUGUUGGGUGAUAGGGCACGAGUCGAGAUGGUUUCGUUGUGGAAAUUCGGGAUAUGGUUGUACUCUUUUCUUCGUCUUCUUCCUGACCGCUUUGCUUUAAUUUGUGUACAUUAUACUAAGCGCUACUUCUCCGUCAGAUGAUUGAUAGUUUCUUCUUUCUCCUGCGUAUCAUUCUUCUUCUCCAUUUCUGUCUUCCCACAUAGUAUAUAUAUCAGGGCGAAAUCACGAGGGCGAAAUGCCUGGUUACCUUUCUCCUCUGUCCCCUACAUAUUACGUUUCCGCACAUGAACUGGGUCUCUGGGAA